AUGAAGCUCACUGUAAAGCUUACACUGAAGGGAAAGAACCCAGUGACUUUAGAUCACUUGAGUGUGAGGGGUACCAAUAUUCGAUAUUAUAUCCUUCCUGACAGCUUAAAUCUUGAAACGUUGCUGGUGGAAGAGGCGCCUAGGGUGAAGCCCAAGAAACCAACUGCUGGUAUCGCAAAUCUCUUAUGUUUUUUCCAUACACAGAAUCAUAUUUGCAUUUUGGUCCAAUGUGUAUCACUUCAUCUGAGCAGCUUUAACUUUUUCUCCCCAUUCCCAAUUCAGGAAGAGCUUUGGGUCGGGGUCGUGGCCGAGGUCGUGGGCGUGGACGUGGUCGUGGCCGCUAAUUGUUAUGUUGCAGUCAUCCUAAUUUUUGUGCAAUCUGGUUAUGUAAACUUCUGUAUUGUGGGAGAGUUAGUCCGAUUAUGUUCCUGUCCUGGAGGAAUUAUAUAG